GAAUCAUUGGGAAGAAAAUGGUGCUCGUACCUACAGCAUUGAAGGAACCUCCUAUGGCUUGCUGGCUUUGUUGAGAAUGAAGAAAUUCGAGGCUACUGGUCCCGUAGUCAGAUGGCUGGUAGCGCAGAAGUUUUAUGGGGAAACAUAUGGACAAACUCAGGCGACCAUCAUUUUAUUUCAAGCACUUGCUCAGUAUGAAAUUGACAUUCGUGGUCAUAAGGACCUGAACUUGGAUGUUUCUAUCCAAUUGCCAGAACAUAAGAAACCAAUUCGUUACAGGAUUAACUAUGAUUCUGCUCUCCUCUCCCGAACAGCACAGAUUAAGGGCAAUCAAAAUUUCACUGUGCAAGCAUCAGGCCAAGGAAAAGCAACAAUGGUUAUUGCAACAGUGUACAAUGCAAGGAUGCAAGAAAAUGCACUACAGUGCAAGAAAUUCAGUCUUGACGUCAGUAUUGAACCUCUUCAGUUAGAUCAGCAGCAGCUCAAGGGAGCCUUGCAGGCUGUCAAAAUCAAAAUCUGCACCAGGUAUCUUGGUGAGGUUGAUGCCACAAUGACAAUCAUUGAUGUUUCCAUGCUUGCUGGUUUUGCCCCUGAUAAUGAUGACCUUAAGAGGCUUUCUGAGGAAGUCGACAGAUACAUUUCCAAGUUUGAAGUUGACCGUGUUGUGUCUGAAAGUGGAAAACUCAUCAUUUAUUUGGACAAGGUCUCUCACAGGGAGGAUGAAUGCCUACAAUUUAAAGCUUACAAGUAUAUUGACGUUGAUCUCCUACAGCCGGCAUCGGUCAAAGUGUACAGCAAUUAUAAUCUCGGUAAUGACUCUUGUGAACUCAGCAUUGUAGAGGCUACUCAAAGACCAAGACACUAGUUAGGGCAUUUAAGAAAUUUACUAAGCUUCCCCUUUUGCCUCCUGUUUGGAGGGCAGAGCUCAUGAGGGAAAACCCUGAACAUAUUUAAAAAGCAAUGACAAAGGAUGAGGGACCAACCUUGCUCCAGUUUCCAGACAGCCUUCACGUUCUAGGCUGUUUGCCCUC